GCGAAGCGAGAAGAGCCUGGAGCGGGAGGAACGGCGCGACGGGAGCUCCAUGGUGCAGGGCCGGUUGUGCCAGCCCCRCCAUGGCCUCAGCGGUCUGCGGGACGUUCCUGGGGCUGGCCCUGUACGCCGGCAGCCUUUGUGCUGUGAGCGGUUCCACGUUCCUCUACCACGACUACUGCGUCAUCGGGGCCGGCCCCGCGGGCUUGCAGGCGGCCUAUUUCCUCCAGCAAGCCGGCCGGGACUAUGUCGUCUUCGAGCGGAGCCACGCUCCUGGCAGUUUCUUCGCACUCUACCCUCGCCACCGCAAACUCAUCAGCAUAAACAAGCAGUACACGGGCAAGUCCAACAGCGAGUUCAACCUCCGCCACGACUGGAAUUCACUCCUCAGCCACGACCGGCGGCUUCUUUUCCGACGCUACUCUCGCGACUUCUUCCCCAAUGCUGACACGAUGGUGCGUUACCUAGAGGACUUCGCUUCCCUUCUGAAGCUGCAGGUUCAGUACAACACGGCCAUCAUUCAUGUGACAUUGGAGAAGAAUGAGCAGGCCUGGAAUGGUCACUACUUUCUCAUGACCGAUCAGGACAGGAAGAGCUACAAGUGUAGCUCUUUGUUGGUUGCCGCUGGGAUGUGGGUCCCCAAUGUGGUAAACUUUCCUGGCUCAGAGUAUGUGGAGGGUUAUGAGACUGUGUCCAUCAACCCAGAGGACUUUGCUGGCCAAACCGUGUUGAUCUUGGGACGAGGGAACUCGGCCUUUGAGACGGCAGAGAACAUCCUUGGUGUCACGAAUUUCAUCCACAUGGUGAGCCGGUCCCGUGUGCGCCUCUCGUGGGCCACCCACUAUGUCGGGGAUCUGAGAGCAAUUAACAAUGGCCUGCUGGACACCUACCAGCUAAAAUCUCUGGAUGGGCUUCUGGAGGGUGACCUGGAAGAUCUGGCUAUCGUGAAGGACAAAAAAGGAAAGCUGCACAUCACACUCAGGUUCUACUUGGCAAACAGGAACAUCAGUGCGGGCAUUGACUCCAUCACCCUCCCGCAGGACGAACUGGACAAUUUUGCCACCCGUGCACCUUACGACCGUAUCAUCCGCUGCCUGGGCUGGAAGUUUGACUUCUCUAUCUAUAACAGAUCCCUGAGAAUAAUACCAGGAAAAGGGAAUAUUAAGAAGUAUCCUCAGAUCAAGCCCAGCUAUGAGUCCAGAGGCACUCGGGGACUCUUCGUUCUUGGCACCGCUAGCCAUUCAGUUGACUUCAGGAAAUCUGCUGGGGGCUUCAUCCAUGGAUUCCGAUAUACAACUCGGGCAGUCCAUCGCCUAUUGGAAAACCGUCACCAUGGUGUCCCCUGGCCAUCCACAGUCUACCCUAUUACACAGCUGACCAAUUCCAUCAUCAAGAGGGUGAACGAGGCCUCAGGCCUUUACCAGAUGUUUAGUGUCCUGGCUGACAUCAUACUGCUGAGAGAGAAUGCCACAGCAUUUGAAUACCUGGAAGAGUACCCUGUUGGAGUCCUGGCUGAGCUGGAAAUGCAGACGGGAAGAAAGGCUCGCAGUGGACUCUUUGUCAUAAUCAUGGAAUAUGGAAGGAAUUUCUCUGGGGCUGACAAGGAUGUCUUCUACUAUAACCGUGCUGUGGGAGAGGCACAACAUGCCUGGCAGUCCAACUUUUUGCACCCUGUUAUUUACUAUUACAAACGCCUCCCAACAGAGCAUGAGAUGAGACUUCAUCCGCCAGACUGGCCUCUCCCCCGACCUGAUGCCAUCCAUCAUAUUGUGGAGGACUUUCUGACAGACUGGACRGCCCCAAAUGCUCACAUCCUGCCACUGAGGCGGUUUUUGGAGAACUGCCUCAGCACCGACCUGCGAAAUUUCUUUGCAGAGUCCUGUUUCCUGUUUGCCUUCACCCAUCAGAAGCUGCCUCCGUUCUGCCAGCAGGGAGUUCAGAGUUGCCUGAAGAUGGUGUUUGUGUUUUUCUCACUGACCAAUAUCUGCAGCAACAUACAGAGGUCACAAAAGUGAGUGCCGGAAUGCCUGGAAAAUUUAAGAUGUCAUGUCCCCCCUUCAGAGGUGACCUGCUCAAACCCUGUGGCAGCCCAGUGCUGGCUGGAUUCCUGGAUGCCRUAUGCUGUGUAUACUUGAAGAUUUGUUUCUGCAUUGAAUCCUGAAAUGGUACUCCAGGCAAAAUUCCUGAUAUUUUUUUCUACAUUUGAGUUAGGGCAAUUGUGUAGCUUGAGUGGGGAAAGGGUGAUUUUUUUUUUAGUUACCAUAUAGGUCAGAUAAUUUAUAAUUUCCCAGAGAACACUACAAGGGAUUCUUUACUCCAGAAUGGAUGAUGAUGCCUGGAAUGCCUGAGACACAGAGAUUUACACUGAGUUUGGCUCUGCUGUCCUCAUAUUUUUCUUCUCCCACACCAAACAGCCUAGAAGAUUAGCCCUUGUCUUUUAUAAAGCAUGACCAAUAUUUCUCCUGUUUGCACUAUGUCCCAUCAAAAAAAGUUUGAUGUUGUUAAAAUGCUCCUUCUCUAUUUUAUUCCCCUCCAAUCACCUUGGACUUUGAGAUCCUAGAGGGACUGGCAGGGAGGGUGUCUGCACUUUACUGCUUCGCCUACUGGCCACUUACACCUCCCUGUGGGCUCCUUCCACGGCCCUGGAUUUGCAAAGCAAGAGCAGUUUUGAGCUUGACCUGAUGAUGUCCCUGUGCUUUCUUGGAAAUAGAAGAGGGGUGACAGGGUACAGGCUUUUAUCUCCACAUGU